AAGACGUUUAUUUUGGAAGUCUAUUGAAGCGCGAAAUAAUAUCUAUCGUAAAAAGCGCACAUUCUAUAUUGGAAUUUAAGAAAAGAACUUUGCUGACUCAGUGUAACCAGUGCUUAUAAUUUGUUAUUGUAGUUUUAAUAUUAUAUGCACCUAAAUAAUGAAGGGUGACAUUGAAGUUAAUAAAAAUGAAAAUGAAGUCACGAAAACGCCCAUGCAAAUUUUGGAAGAAGCCUUGGAGUAUAGCAAAUUUGGUUAUUUCAACUACAAACUCAUGCUAGCAACAUUAAUGGCUGUAUUCUCCUUCAUGAGUGUGACCACAACUUCGUCUUACAUUCUCUCUAGUGCAGAAUGUGAUCUCAAUAUGAGUAUAAUGCAAAAAGGAUUGUUGAAUGCUAUGCCAUUUUUCGGGCAAGUGGUAGCAGCUCCCUUUGCCGGGCUUAUAACGGACGCGUUCGGGCGAAAAUUAUUCCUAGUUUGGGGGCACGCCGGGAUUUUGGCAUGCGCGCUUCUCGAAGGCACGAGCCAAAAUUACUGGAUGCUAUUGCUUGGGAAACUUCUAGAUGGCAUAUUUUUAAGCCUCACGUUCAGCGCGACAGCCGUCAUGGUGACAGAGUUCACCCACAAAGGUGUAAGGGACCGAGUAUUAUUGAUGUACUCAUCUUUCAUGUCGACGUCGCUCAUCCUUUGUGCAUUAGUAGCUUGGGGAGUCUUGACGCAGCCAUGGGACUUUGUCAUCAUUCAAGGAUACCUUGAACUUCACCCAUGGAACAUCUAUCUGUACACAACUGCUAUCACGAGCUUGAUAGCAACGUUAUUGUAUAUGCAUUUGCCAGAAAGCCCAAAAUUUCUGCUCACAUUGGGUAAAGAGGCUGAAGCUUUGGAAGUUAUCAAAAGAAUGUACCACGAAAAUAGCGGACAGCCAAAAUAUACUUUUCCUAUAACCUCGUUUAACGCUUCUGGCGUCCACUUUACUCCAGAAAGCAUAAGCAUAAAGAAACAAAUAACCAACGCAUUACUUCAAUCAAAGGAAUUGUUUAGGAGACCACUAAUCUUUACACUUUUGUUAUUUGCAUCCUCAUCAUUUGUAAAUUUAUUUGCGUAUUCCGCGCUUAGGCUUUGGUUCCCUCAAAUUUCGACGAUAAUAGAAAAUCACCAGAGUAAGCAUGGAGGCGAAACUGACCAAUUCUGUGUCAUGAUCGACGGCUACACUAGUGAGCUGGCUAAAAAUGUAUCGCUUGCUGCUGUGACCAAUAGGAUUUCAGAUGUCUGCGUGCCUCACCCGGCAGGUCCUGCGACGUACAUCAACGGGAUAAUCCUAGGAGUUCAAUCUCUGGCUUUAAUCCUUGUAAGCACAGCUCUGGUAGAUUAUCUAGGCCAGAAGCUUCUGAUGUUUUUCGUGUUCGUAGCUUGCGCUGCGUGUUCAGCUGCACUAUACUGGACGAGCUCCUCGUUAUCAAUCGGGUUGCUGCUGGCAGGAACAUGUGCUUUGAUGCAAUGUGCGCUGAGUAUACAAAAUACUGUGCUGAUGAGAGCGGUUCCUACCAGUGUAAGGGCAUUGGCGUUGACGUUGAUCGUAAUGUUGGGAAGAAUUGGAUCUCUAGUUGGAAGUGUUUUGUUCCCUGUGAUGUUAGAAGAAGGAUGCAUGUUUCCUUUCAUGAUUUUAUCCAUUAUAUCACUAUGUGUUGCUGGGUUGGUCUAUUUCUUUCCGAAUCCAAAGAAAGAAAACGCUGCAGCCGGAGACAAAUAAAAUUCUUCACAAUAAAUGAGAGACAAAAAAAGAUCUACAUAUUUUAAUUUCAGAAAAAACUAAGUUGAACGAUAUUUAUUGCACAGACUGCAUUUGCAUUUGUUUAGUAAAGCCUGGCCAGAAAAAUAUGACUAUUGUCAGGAGGGCGCUGUUAUUUUGAUGUAUGGGGUGACAGUUCAGUUUAGUAAGA